UUCCUUUGCCUGAAGCAACUGUCAUCCCAAAAGAACCUGAUGGCCAAGCCAGCUGGGAGCAGGGGCUGAAAGAAGAAUUUUAGCAUGGCUCCCUGCUUGUACCUUAAAUAUCUUCCAUGCAGUUCACAGGAUUUAAUUUUAGACUCCACAUGCGGUAGGAGCAAACGGUUCCUAGCUGAAGUCAAAGUCAGAGGCUUCUCAGUUUGCUCUGUCCUGAGUCAUAGAUUGGACAGAAGUUGUCCUUCCUUUUGAUAUCAGCAGAAGAAAGAAGUUGACGCAAAUAUGUCAAACAGUAGGACAGACUUUGAGGAUCUCAAUGAAGAGGAUAUGGACGAGGAUGAACUCCUUGCAAUGCUUUCACCCGAGGAGCUUAAGGAGCUCCAGAGUGAGAUGGAUGUUAUUAUUGCCCCAGAUGAGAGGGUACCGGUGGGGCAGAGGCAAAAGGACCAGACGGAGAAGCCUCCGACAGGGACAUUCGACCACAGAUCCCUGGUUGGUUACCUCUACUGGGAGAAAGAGUCCAACCGUAUGCUUGAGGAAGAAAGAGUGCCUGCUACUCUGCUGCCCAGUGAGAAAGCUUUGAGGGAGGAAACUGAAAAGAAAGACGAGGAAGAAGAUGUGGAAUAUGAAGUAAUAGAGGAAGUCAUUGAGGAAGAAGUUGUAGAUGAUACAGAUGGAGAGGCAAUUAUAGAGAUCAUUGAGGAAAUUGUUGAAGAGCUUGAUGAGAGAGAUGAAAAUGUUGAUAAGGAUGAAAAGGACAAAGGGGUGGAUGAGGAAGAUGAGGAAGAGGUGAAGUCACUUGUGAACAAUGGCAAACAUGAAAAUAUAGACAAACCUGUAGAUCCUCCAGACACUAACAGAGAAAAAGUGUCAAAAAACAAUGCAGAUGACAAUCAGCCUUUUCCAGACACAAAGGAGAAGAGUGAGAGCGUAGCCCCAAAACACAGCACAUCACAAGUUGAAGAGAAAGAGGAAAUUCAAACUACAGACUCUUCGCUUCCCAAAGAGGCUCCAGAGGAGCCCAAAAUAAGCAAAACCAAUGAUGAGCCCCCGCCGAAAGAAGAGAGAAAAAUUAACAAAUUACAACUUCCAAAGCUGGCAUUCAACAAUAUAAAAAUGACAUCAAGACCCUCAGGAAAUGAGACAAACUUGGAGUCGACACUCGACAAAAUCCGCAACAACAACCCAUCUAUCACUGAGGUAAACCUCAACAACAUAGAAAACAUUCCCAAAGAGAUGCUCUUGGAUUAUGUCAACGCUUUGAAGAAGAACAAACAUGUGAAAACCUUCAGUAUUGCCAACACUGGUGUUGAUGAAAACAUAGCUUUCAACCUGGCCAACAUGUUACGAGAGAAUCGCGGCAUCACCACUUUAAAUAUCGAGUCCAACUUUGUAACCGGGAAGGGCAUCGUUGCCAUCAUCCGCUGCCUCCAAUUCAAUGAGACUCUCACAGAGCUGCGUUUUCACAACCAGAGGCACAUGUUGGGUCACCACGCAGAGAUGGAGAUCUCACGCCUGCUCAAGGCCAACAACACCCUCCUGAAGAUGGGCUACCACUUUGAGCAGCCGGGGCCCAGGAUGGUGGUGACCAACCUUCUAACCAGGAAUCUGGACCGCCAGAGGCAGCUGAGGAAGGAGGAGCAAAAGCAGCAGCAAGUGAAGGAGCAGAGGGAGCUGAUGCAGAUGUAUGAGAACAGCCUAAACCUACCGCCUGGUUUACUUGAGAUGCUCGGCUACAUACCGCCUCUAGAAGUCCUGCAGGAGUAUGGGCUUGUCCCACCCUCGUUUGAACUGAGCACUGUACCUCAAACCCACCACCAGACGGUACAGCCGGAGCCUCAGAAGCAGCUCAAACACAAAAGCACUCCCAAACAACCCAGUGCCGAACCAGCAAACACAUUGAGGGACGUCCAGUUGAAGAGGACUCCCAAGAAACGUGACCCUUUUCUGGACCUGGACCCGAGGGAUAACAGGAGACCAGAGAAUGCAAGUUUCAAACUGAGGAAGACUCCCAAAGAGAAGGAUGCAGGCAGUGGAGAGGUGGCAGAUGAAAGAGAAAACCUGACUGACGUGAUUAAGACUUUGAAGCCCAUCCCUCGCAGACGACUGCCACCUAAGGUUGAUGUCACACCCCGCGACCAGCUCCUAGAUGCAAUCAAAAAGAGCAACGUGGCCUAUCUCAAAGCUGUGCCGCUCCCUAAAGUUCUGGAAUCAAGUGAAACGAGUCUCCUCUGAGGCUGCAACUUCAGCCGUUUGUUGUUCUUCACCAUAUAGUUUUCUUUAUUUUACAUGUAUUCUCAAAUGCACUGUGCAAAAUAAGAGUGAACCAUACUUUCCUAACACAUAAAACAUAUUGGCUGGUUGUUGGUUAAGUCUUGUGUUGUUAUCACACUAAAUGCUGUCUUUAGGAAGUCGUAACAAUAAAGGUACUAAUUAACAACACCCUAUUCAAUUUAAAUCAAAGUAGAUAACCUUGUCAUCAUUUGCUAUUGACAUUGCUCAUAUAUUUCUUAACAUGUUGUGCACAUAAAAUUGAUUUUUAGAGUAGUUGUGUUAGAUUAAAUGUUAGAUUUGCAUUUGCUAUAAAGAAAUCUUCCACUUUUGCCUCAGGAUUGUUUUUCCUUUAAAUGGAAUAGCACUCAGUGCCAAACUAAAUGGAUCCCCAGUGAAUCACUGCAGUCACUCCCAGUUAUUUUCUUCUGAUUGUUAAAGGUGUAGAUGUGAAAAAAGAACAAAUUACUCAAUGAGAGAUGAGUCAGAAUCCUGGAAAUCUGAUUCCAUGUAUUAAUCAAACUGAAUCGAAUGACAGUAUGUACACACUUGGAGGGGAUAUUCAUUAGUUUGCUAUUCAGUAGUGUUAUAAACAAGCUUUUUUAUUUAUUUUAGGAAUAGGCAACAAUUCACUACUUUGUUUCACAGAAAGAUUAAACCCAAAUAAGAACUUAAUUUUGUGAUAUAUAAAUAUGUCUAUAUAUUCAUAAAGAGACUCAUUUGGAAAAAGACUACAACGUAAAUCCGGUUAUUUUUAUUUUUAGAGGACAGCCAUGUUUUACUUCCAGUUCUGUGAUUUAAUCACAAUUCUCAUCACUUUGCAAAAAUGAAAAAGUCACAUAAAAACAUAGAGAAUAUAUAAGAUAGCAUCCAUAUAACAUAGUCUUUCUGAACUGCCAUUUGUGAAGGCAGCAUGCACAAACUGCAGUUAAUGUGCACAUGUGGAAAAGCAAACAGGAAACAACUGCUCUUACUAUCAGGACUAACA